GUUCCUAAAUGAGAAAGGGGAAGCAACAGGUGGAUUCGACAUCACCAACAUGAUCACUUUUCCAAACAGGUCCUUUCAGAGAGUUAGAGUUGGAAAUGUAGAUUCCAGUGCUCCAAAAGGGAAAGAAUUAUUCAUUGAUGAAGAUAUGAUUGUGUGGCACCCAGCUUUUAAUCAGGUACUUCCAAUUUCUCUGUGUAAUGACCAUUGCUCCCCCGGAUACUGGAAGAAAGGAAUGGAAGGAAAACAAUUCUGUUGCUACGACUGUGUUCCAUGUCCAGAAGGGAAGAUUUCAAACCAAAAGGAUAUGGAUGACUGUUUUGAAUGUUCACAAGAUCAUUAUCCAAAUAAAGAAAAGAAAGGAUGCAUCCUGAAACUGCUGGUCUUUCUAACUUUUGAAGAAACCUUAGGAAUUGGUUUGGCCUCAACUGCUCUUUGUUUCUUCUUCUUGACAUCUUGGGUACUUGAAACUUUUAUUAAGCACAGGGAUACUCCCAUUGUCAAAGCCAACAACCGGUCCCUCACCUACACCCUCCUUGCCUCUCUUCUGCUCUGUUUUCUCUCCUCUUUGUUGUUCCUCAGCCAACCUGACAAGGUGACCUGCCUUCUCCGACAACCGACUUUUGGCAUCACCUUCUCAGUGGCCAUUUCCAGUGUCCUGGCCAAAACCAUCACUGUAGUUGUAGCUUUCAUGGCCACUAAACCAGGAUCUCAGAUGAGGAAAUGGGUGGGGAAAAGAUUGGCCUUUUCUAUUGUCCUUUCAUGCUCUCUAUUACAAGUAUGUAUUUGUAUAAUUUGGUUGUCAACAUCUCCCCCGUUCCCUGAGUUGAACAUAUACUCAGAGGUCCAAGAAAUGAUUUUACAGUGCAAUGAGGGGUCAGCUUUCUUCUUCUACUGUGUCUUGGGCUACAUGGGUAUCUUGGCCAUCGCCAGCUUUAUUGUGGCUUUCCUUGCCCGUAAAUUACCUGACAGCUUUAAUGAAGCCAAGUUCAUCACCUUCAGCAUGUUGGCCUUUUGCAGUGUGUGGAUCUCCUUCUUUCCAGCCUAUCUGAGCACAAAAGGCAAAGCCAUGGUAGCUGUGGAGGUCUUCUCCAUCUUGGCCUCCAGCGCUGCAUUACUAGGAUGCAUAUUCUUACCAAAGUGCUACAUCAUUGUUUUGCGGCCUGAACUCAACCACAGGGAGCAACUCAUAAAGAGAAAUUAGUACCCAAUGUUGUCUUUCUUCCUAGUAGAAAAUGCUGACAAUAAAGAAUAAAAGGACCAUUUGCUAUUUACAGAAACCAUGUAGUUUUGAUUUUGGCCUAAGGGGAUAUAUGGAGGUUUAUUUUUAUUACAGUUUAUCAUACAAGUUAGGUGUUCAGAGUGGAUUUGACAGGUUUUCUUCACACAUCAAAUCCUUUCCAAGGACCUGGGAUUGGCAGAUGUGGAUUUUAUUUGGGGGGUGGGGGUUGUUUUAUUUUUUUGUAGGGUGUGAGCUGUUCUGAAUAAAUCAUCUU